AUCGUCAAAAUCGCUGUAGUUAAUGAGAUUCCCGAUAAGUCUUGCGCAAUCUUCAGCCUAAAUCCACACCUCAGUUGAUCAUUAUUCUGGAUUUAGGAUCUAACACAUUAAUUUUUGAACUGUUUUCUUUUCCAAAAAGAGCCCCCCUUUGCCAAAAAUUCGAGUCAAGUCAGUCUGUGGUAACUCCAUUUUUGUCACUGCAAAGAAAUCCUUAUCCUCAGCGCACUUGACAUCGGACGUGUUUAUUCUUUAGUUUUAAUUAUUCGGUGACAGUGAUUAGAGGACAACGAGUUGCUUCCAUUUGAUGAUCUUCGGGAUUCACGCUGUGUUUUUGAGUGCGGAACUUCAUUCGGGUUUUAUAUAUGUUUUGAAACUGGUGGGGUUUUUAGAGGAGCGACGGUCGUUAUGGCGGGGAUGUGGGCUUUUGCAGUGGCUUCGAUUUUUUGUUUGAUGUGUGUGUUGGUGGAGGGCAAGUACAUGGUUUACAACACUUCUUCGGGGAUUGAUCCUCGAAAGCUUAAUGUGCAUUUGGUUCCUCAUACGCAUGAUGAUGUUGGGUGGUUGAAGACUGUCGAUCAGUACUAUGUGGGAUCCAACAAUUCAAUUCAGGGAGCAUGUGUGCAGAAUGUGUUGGAUUCUUUAAUUCCAGCCUUGCUUGCUGAUGAAAACCGGAGAUUCAUUUAUGUUGAGCAGGCAUUUUUCCAAAGGUGGUGGAGACAACAGAGUGAAGCCGUAAAAAGGACAGUUAGAAAGCUUGUGAGCUCGGGCCAACUGGAGUUAAUAAAUGGUGGCAUGUGCAUGCACGAUGAGGCGGCACCACAUUAUAUCGACAUGAUUGAUCAGACAACACUAGGACACCGGUAUAUCAAGGAGCAAUUUGACGUCACUCCGAGAACUGGAUGGCAAAUUGAUCCCUUUGGACACUCUGCAGUUCAGGCUUACCUUUUGGGGGCAGAGGUUGGAUUCGAUUCUCUUUUCUUUGGUCGUAUUGACUAUCAAGAUCGAGCCAAAAGGAGAGAUGAGAAGAAGCUUGAGGUUAUCUGGCAGGGUUCCAAAACUCGUGGUUCAUCCUCUCAGAUAUUUGCUGGUGCUUUUUAUGCUGGGAACUAUGAACCUCCUACUGGUUUUUAUUUUGAAAUCAAUGAUGAUUCUCCUGUAGUCCAGGAUGACAUGGAUCUCUUCGACUAUAACGUUCACGAUCGUGUCAAUGAUUUUGUAGCUGCUGCCUUAUCGCAGGCUAAUGUCACACGCUCGAAUCACAUAAUGUGGACUAUGGGCACAGAUUUCAAGUACCAAUAUGCUGAGACAUGGUUCCGGAACAUGGACAAACUUAUACAUUAUGUGAAUCUGGAUGGCCGUGUCAAUGCCUUUUAUUCCACACCGUCUUUCUAUACCGAUGCAAAGCAUGCUCUGAAUGAGUCAUGGCCUCUUAAAUCAGACGAUUACUUUCCGUAUGCGGAUCGCAUAAAUGCUUACUGGACUGGCUAUUUCACAAGUAGACCUGCCACCAAGCGAUAUGUCAGAGUUAUGAGUGGCUAUUACUUGGCAGCAAGACAGUUAGAAUAUUUCCUAGGAAGAAGUAAAUCAGGACCCACAACCGACUCUUUAGCAGAUGCUUUGGCAAUUGCACAGCAUCAUGAUGCAGUUUCUGGUACUGAAAAGCAACAUGUUGCUGAUGACUAUGCAAAAAGGCUUUUUAUAGGUUACAAGGAGUCUGAGAGUGUUGUAGCUACUUCCCUUGGCUGUCUCAUACAAUCGUCCUCAUCUUCUAAGUGUAAGAGUCCAGCCACAAAUUUCAAACAGUGUCCACUUCUGAACAUAAGUUAUUGUCCUCCAACGGAAGUUGAUCUUUCCCCAGGGAAAAAGUUGGUGGUACUUGUCUACAACUCUUUGGGCUGGAAAAGAUCAGAUGUUGUGAGGAUUCCGGUAAUCAAUGAGAAUGUUCAAGUUAAAGAUUCCUCUGGGAAAUUAGUUCCAUCACAGAUUCUUCCCAUAGUCAAUGCUUCAAUGGCCAAUAGAAAAUUCUACGCCAGUGCACAUAUGGGUGAAUCUCCUUCCACCACCCCGACAUAUUGGCUUGCAUUUAAAGCAGAUGUUCCACCUCUUGGUUUCAGCACAUACGUUAUUUCCACUGCUACAUCAGCAGGUUCUUCCUUGAUUGAACCUACCAUAUAUACUUUUGAUGGAAGUCAGAAUGAGAAUAUAGAAAUAGGGCCUGGUGAUUUGAAGCUUAUAUACUCAGGACAUGAUGGAAAGCUUAUGCAAUAUAUCAAUAGCAAAAGCACGGUGAACAAUUCCCUAGAGCAAUCGUACAGCUACUAUACAGCGGAUGAUGGGAGUAAGGAUUCUCCCAAAGAUUUACAGGCUUCGGGAGCAUACAUUUUCCGGCCAAAUGCCACAUACCAAGUACAACCUUCAGGAAAGACUCCACUUACGGUUUUUAGGGGACCACUCUUUGAUGAAGUUCAUCAGAAGAUUAGCUCAUGGAUAUAUCAGAUUACGAGAGUGUACAAAGAGAAGGAACACGUUGAGCUGGAAUUUACUGUUGGUCCCAUACCUGUAGAUGAUGGAUUUGGGAAAGAGGUUGUGACCCAGUUAAAAACACAAAUAGGAAGCAACAAAACAUUUUACACAGACUCUAACGGCCGUGAUUUUCUAGAGCGGAUUCGAGACUACAGAGCUGAUUGGGACCUUCAAGUAAACCAACCGGUUGCAGGAAAUUACUACCCGAUCAAUCUCGGAAUUUACAUCAAAGAUGAAAGCACAGAACUUUCAGUUUUGGUGGAUAGAUCAGUUGGGGGCUCGAGUAUUAAUGAUGGUGAAGUGGAGAUAAUGCUACACAGGAGAUUACUCCAUGAUGAUGGUAGAGGUGUUGCCGAGGCUCUAAAUGAAACCGUCUGUGUUCAGAAUAAAUGCUCUGGUCUAACUGUUCAAGGUAAGUACUAUCUCAGGCUCGAUCCACUUGGAGAUGGAGCCAAAUGGCGCAGGUCAUUUGGUCAGGAGAUUUACUCGCCGUUUCUUUUGGCUUUCACCGAGCAGGAUGAUUCAUGGACAAACUUCCCAGUGCCAACGUUUACUGCCAUGGACCCUUCUUACAGUCUGCCUGAUAAUGUUGCCAUAUUAACGCUCGAGGAACUUGCAGACGGAAGUGUUCUUUUUCGCUUGGCACAUCUGUACGAGGAAGGAGAGGACAAGGAUUUAUCUGCGUUGGCAACGGUGGAUUUGAAGAAAGUGUUUCCAAAUAAGGUGCGCAAGAUCAAAGAAAUGAGCCUAUCUGCUAACCAAGAAAGGGAAGAAAUGGAGAGGAAAAGAUUAUCCUGGAAAGUAGAAGGCUUGAGUACAAAGCCAAAGGCUGAUAUCCGAGGAGGGCUCGUAGAUUCUGAUUUGGUUGUCGAACUCGGCCCCAUGGAAAUACGAACCUUCAUCAUCCACUUCGACUCAAAAGAUGUCCUGAAGGCGGACAGAUAAGUUGCUUCCAUCCUGUCCGUUUCUUCCAAUAAAGAGCUCGAAUAAUGGCAACGCGGCUGAUGAUCAGUGUCUGGUGGUUCUAUGGGCUAUUGACUUUGCAGCAAUGUAUGAAACUGAAACUUUUGCAUUUCAAGUGUAUUUUGGAACA